ACUGAUGUUUGUAUUUCUCAUUAGUCCCAAAAGAAAAAAUAAUAGCUUUUAGAAAAAAGUUAAAUUUUUCAAGAUUGGAGAAGUUUGGCAGGUUAAAUAUAAGCUGCAAUGUCGAGUAGUGAAUUGUUCUAUUUAAAAUGGAACAACUUCCAGAAGAAUGUCAGGCGCAUGAGAGACGAAGAAGAAUUGAUUGAUAUCACUUUCGCAUGUGAAGGAAAGAAGAUUGGAGCACAUAAGUUAGUGCUCUACAGUUGUUCACCUUACUUUAAGGAUCUGCUAAAGGAUAAUCAUUCGCAACAUCCGAUUUUCUUUUUCCAUGAUAUAUCGUACGAUAUUUUGAAGGCUAUUUUGGAAUAUAUGUAUUUGGGAGAAGUUCAUAUUUCACAGGAACAUCUCAAAGAUUUUAUUCGAGUUGCUGAAGCUUUGCAAAUUCGAGGAUUAAGCAAGGAUACAACAACAACUGAUGAGUCAUUUGGUGAAUCAAACUCUGCUGAUCAAUCAACAUUAGAUGAAAGCUUUUUAAGAAAGAGGCAAAAUAAUGACGAACAUCAUAUCCAGACUUACACACCUUCAGGAAAAAGGCUCAGAAUAAUAAGUGAAGCAUCAUUAGCAACUGCAUUGAAUGAAGACGAUGACGACAUUGAAGAAGAAGUGCAAACUUCUGUAAGGGUUCCUACAAAAAGAAACGAUUCUCAUAAUGUGCAACCUAAAGUUGAGUCUCUAGAAUUUCUUGAAGAUGCUGCACACCACAUUCAACAACAGACAGCGAAGCAACCGCAAAAUAUUACAUACAUGAAUAUGGACAGUUUCACCGAGAAGACAAACACAGUAACAAAUCCUCAACAGCAGCAACAAGCUUUGCAAUCACAAUUUGUGCAAGCAAGUACAAGCCAACAACAACAGCAACCCGGUGUCGUCGAUUAUAAAUCUGAGGACGAGAUGUGGGUUGAGAAAGCUAUUGACAUUGGAAAUUCAAGUACACCUCAAACUGAAGGGAAAACCCGAAGUGCAAGUAAAAAUAGUGCAACAUAUAAAGCGAAUUGUUUAACACCUCGUUCAUGUCCUGUUUGUGCGAGAGUCUACUCAAACGUCUCAAACCUCCGACAACACAUGAGAUUGAUUCACAAUCCGCAGGCUGUUCCUGUAGCAAUGUUAGAUACUGAUUUAGUGUGGGCACGUGACCCACACGAUGGAUACAUCCAAGGAAAGAUUGGCGAACUUGGAGCUCACGAAUAUGAAAUCAUUCCCAUUGAUAGAAGUUUAAAGAAACGGAAUUGUCCAAUUGCAGACAUUUUUCCAUCUUGUGACGCUAAAUCAGAUCAUGAUGACAACUGUGAAUUGAUGUUCCUGAAUGAAGCAACUUUAUUGGAUAAUAUUAAAAAUCGAUAUUAUAAAGAUAAGAUUUAUACUUACGUCGCUAACAUUCUAAUUGCGGUUAAUCCUUACAAAGAAAUCAAGGAUUUAUACUCAAAGACAACGAUCAAACGCUACAAUGGUCGAUCGUUGGGUGAACUUCCACCACAUGUCUAUGCGAUAGCUGACAAAGCUAUAAGAGACAUGAGAGUGUUGAAGAUGUCUCAAUCGAUCAUUGUCAGUGGUGAAUCAGGAGCAGGAAAAACCGAAUCAACGAAAUAUUUGCUUCGUUAUUUGUGUGACUCUGUCUCAGCUGCUGGUCCAAUCGAGCAGAAGAUUCUCGAUGCGAAUCCAAUCUUAGAAGCGUUUGGGAAUGCAAAGACAACCAGGAAUAACAACAGCUCAAGAUUCGGGAAGUUUAUUGAGGUUCAUUACGACAACAAAUGUCAAGUUGUGGGUGGUUACAUCUCGCAUUAUUUGCUUGAGAAAAGUCGAAUUUGUACGCAAAGUGUUGAUGAGAGAAAUUAUCAUGUUUUCUACAUGUUGUGUGCUGGUGCACCGCAGAAUCUUCGUGAUAAACUCAGCAUUGGAAAACCUGACGAUUAUCGAUAUUUAUCUGGUUGCACGCAAUACUUUGCAAGUUCAUCAACCGACAAGAAAAUUCCAAACACUCAAAAGUCGAAAAAUCAUUUAAGUAAAGGAGCUUUGCACGAUCCAAUUCUUGACGAUUUUAAUGACUUUAUGGAGCUUGAUCAAGCAUUGUCACGAUUGGGAUUAUCUGAUGGGAAUCGAGUUGAAAUUUAUGGAUUAGUUGCUGCGGUCUUGCAUUUGGGUAACAUCACGUUCGAAGACAAUCCUGAAGAUACUCGUGGUGGAUGUCAUGUGACUCAAGCAUCCGAGAAAACAAUGACAAUAGCAGCGAAAUUAAUCGGUUGUGAUCCUUUGGAGCUUCGUCAAGCUUUAGUGUCACGUGUGAUGCAGUCGAAGGGUGGCGGAGUUAAAGGAACUGUCAUCAUGGUUCCUUUGAAAGUUUACGAAGCUAACAAUGCUCGAGAUGCUUUAGCGAAAGCUCUUUAUAGUCGUGUGUUCGAUCAUAUUGUAAGUUUAAUCAAUCAAAGCAUUCCAUUUCAAAAGUCAAGUUACUAUAUUGGAGUUCUUGAUAUUGCUGGCUUUGAAUAUUUCACCACAAAUGGUUAUGAGCAGCUUUGCAUUAAUUACUGCAAUGAGAAGUUGCAAAAGUUCUUUAACGAUAACAUUCUGGCUAAUGAACAGGAAUUAUAUAAGCGUGAAGGUUUAAAUGUUCCCGAAAUUAAGUACACUGACAACCAAGACGUUAUUGAAUUAAUUGAAUCGAAAGAGAAUGGAAUAUUUGCUUUGCUUGAUGAAGAAUCAAAGCUUCCGAAACCUUCGUUUGCCCACUUUACAACUGAAGUGCAUAAGUCAUGGAAUGGACAUUUUCGAUUGGCAUUGCCACGAAUUUCAAGAUUGAAAGCUCAUCGAACAGUGAGAGACGAUGAAGGAUUUCUUGUUCGUCAUUUUGCUGGCGCUGUUUGUUACAAUACGAAUCAAUUUAUUGAGAAGAAUAACGAUGCGCUUCAUGCAUCGCUUGAAUGUUUAGUGCAAGAAUCGGAAAAUUCAUUGAUGAAGAAACUUUUCUCGUUGAACAAUUCAUCAGCAAACAAAGGAAAACUUUCAUUUAUCUCUGUCGGUUCGAAGUUUAAGACGCAACUUCAAGAGUUGAUGGAUAAAUUGGAGAAGAAUGGAACGAACUUCAUUCGAUGCAUCAAACCAAACAGCAAAAUGACUGAUCAUGAAUUUGAAGGAAGUUUGGGAUUAGCUCAAUUGAAAUGUUCAGGAACGACUUCAGUUUUGGAGUUGAUGGAGUAUGGCUAUCCAUCACGAGUUCCAUUUGCUGAACUUUACAACAUGUACAAGUCUUUCCUUCCACCAGAGUUGGUGAAAUUGCAACCGAAGGUUUUCUGUGAGGCAAUGCUUCACUCAUUGAAACUUAACAACAAAGAUUUCAAGUUUGGAAUUACGAAAGUUUUUUUCCGGCCUGGAAAGUUCGUGCAAUUUGAUCGCAUUAUGAAAAGCGAUCCAGAAAAUCUUCGAGCAAUUGUAGCAAAUGUUAAGAAAUGGCUUGUACGUUCACGAUGGAUUAAAUCAGCUUAUUGUGCAAUUUGCGUUAUCAAGAUCAAAAAUCGUAUUAAAUACCGCAACAAAUGUGUUCUCAUGAUGCAAAAGACUAUUCGUGGUUAUCUGGCAAGAAAGCAACAUCAGCCACGUUAUAAAGGAAUGACAAAGAUCAACAACAUUCGACGUAACAUGAAACAAAUGGAAGAAAUCGCAAAUCAACUUAAAGGUGAACGCGACACAAUGUUGAAGCAUAUGAAAGAUAUUGAAGCGCAAAUUGACGUGGCGAUUAAAAAGAUCAAAACAAAUCCGAAAAUCAAAGCAAAUGAAAUUGACGCUUUACAUGCAUCGUUAAUCGCAAAAAUGAACCAACACAUGGGAACGAUUAAAGUGAAACUUCAAGAGCAGAAGAAUGCUGAAGAACAGGAAAGAUUGCGACAAAUUCAAUUGAAAAUGGAAGCUGAAAGAAAGGCAAAGGAAGCAGAAGAACAAAGAAUUCGAGAAGAAGAAGAAACGCGUCGUAAAAAGGCGGAAAUUGAGACACGACGUAAACAAGAAGAAAUUGAACGUUUAAGACUUGAGGAAGAAGAUCGUAAAGCGGCUUUGUUGUUGCAAGCACAACUUGAGAAGGAAGCCAGUGAAGAUUCGCAUUAUCGAGAACAACUUGAACAAGAACGGCGUGAUCAUGAGUUGGCAUUGCGCUUAGCUCAAGAAUCCAAUGGCCAGAUUGAUGAAAGUCCAACAUUGAGUAGAAAUGGCACACCGGACAUGGCAUUAAGCAAUCACAAUCGACUUAUCAGAUCUGAAGCGAUUCGUGCUCAACAGCAGUUGAUUGGGAAGCAAAAAUAUGACUUAUCAAAGUGGAAAUAUUCAGAGCUUCGCGAUGCAAUCAAUACAAGUUGUGACAUUGAAUUGUUGGAAGCUUGUCGUCAUGAGUUUCAUCGACGUUUGAAGGUUUAUCAUGCAUGGAAGUCAAAGAAUCGCAAACGUACAACGUUGGAGGAGAAUGAAAGAGCUCCAAGAAGCAUCAUGGAGAAUGCAGCAAAGCUUCCAGUUCGUACACCUCAAAUCAAAACAGAUCCCAAUGCAUCAGUUCAUCGCUUUUUCCGCAUUCCAUUUAUGCGUCCAAAUUCCAACAUUAAUGACAGUAACAAUCGUGGUUGGUGGUACGCUCACUUUGAUGGUCAAUAUGUUGCACGACAAAUGGAACUGCACGCUGAUAAGCCGCCAAUUCUUCUUGUUGCUGGCGUUGAUGACAUGCAAAUGUGUGAGCUGAGCUUAGAAGAAACUGGCUUAACUAGGAAACGAGGUGCUGAAAUUUUAGAUCACGAAUUUAACCGAGAAUGGGAAAGAAAUGGUGGAAAACCUUAUAAAAUUGCUAAUGGAAAGUCUUAGAAUGUUGUUUGAUGUGUUGAUGGGAAUUAAUUUAAAGUUCAGUACCGAAUAGAAAUUAAUUUCAUUUCCUUUUUUUAAUUUAAAAAUCUUUAGAAAGUUUUGAGGGAAAUUAAUUGUUGUGUGCUGUUAUCGAGGCCUUCAUUUAUAUAACAAAAUAAUAAAUAAAUAAACUAAUGGGAUCAUUGGUAAAUGAUGACGACUAAUAGAAAGUUUUCGAAUGUUUCCCAAUUUUACGAAAAGCUUUUGGCUGAAUUUUAGAUGAAAGUUUUCUUGAAUUUACAUAAUCGAGAUUUUUCACGAACAAAUUUAAGUAUUCUGUGAAUGAUUCUUUAGUUGGUGAGAUAUUUUCCUUCACAUUUUUCUACAUUUCCAAUCUCACAAAUCUAAGUAUUUUUCUUUUUCUUUUAUUGCGACUAUCUAUAGAUUAAAUAGUUAGAGAAAUAUAUUUUAAAAAGCAUAAUGCAUCAUUAGAUAUCUCUUAUUUUUUGUGUAAUUCAACUAAAUAUAAAUAAAUGAACAUUAUCAAGUUUGAGGAAAACGAAAGCUUAUAUUAUGAAGAAUAAAGAAGUUUUAUUGAGAUUUAAGGACG